CUGUGCUGUCAACUUUUCUUAUAAUACGUAUCUAAUCAUAUCCAUAUCUCUACCGCUAUUAACACUUUUUUCCCUUUAUACGUUUAAGCCAUUCCGGCUUCACUGUAAAAUGAAUAAAGCCUAAAUUCUUGGUUCAUUCGUCUUUUCAAGAUUCAAGCAUCACUCAUCGUUGUAAGACUCAGUCACCUUCGUAACAAUUUAUUCAUUUUACAAUAUUCAUGGAACGAUUUUUCCGACCUGAUCGGUUCGACGUAAAACCUAACGCAGUUGGAGCUGCCAAGAAGUGGAAUCACUGGUUUGCGACUUUUUCCUACUUCAUUGAAUCAAUGGGAUCCGAAAAUCCUUCGAAACUACAUAUUCUCUUCAAUCAUAUUUCUACUUCUGUAUACGAAUGCAUUUCUGAAUGCAAAACAUACGAAGAAGCUAUCGACACUCUCAAGAGUCUCUACAUGCAGCCUUGCAACGAAGUGUUUGCUCGACACUUGUUAGCAACGUGUAAACAAGAAUCUGGCGAAAAUCUGGAUCAGUUUGUUCGUCGACUCAAGUCGCUGACUACAGAUUGUUCAUUCAGGCAGUUACAGCCGAAGAACAUCGUAACGAAUCACUACGUGAUUCAUUCAUCUCAGGUAUACAGUCUUCGAUGAUACGCCAGAGGCUAUUGGAACAGCGUACUUUAACUUUUCAAGCGGCAUACGAUCAAGCACGAGCUCUAGAGAUGGCACAUCAACAAUCGCAGUCAUACAACAAUCCUGUUACACCUUGCGCGUCCAUUUCUUUACAUGACGUACCUCAUUCAUCAGAUUCCACACCCUUCGUCAAUGAAACAACCAUUGCUGCCGUUGAAUCCAAAUGCUUUUUCUGUGGUAAUCGUAGACAUCCUCGUUCCAAAUGCCCCGCCCGUGAUGCAAUUUGCAAAGCUUGUGGCAAGCAAGGACAUUUUCAGAAGGUCUGCGCCAUCUACGAAAAAGUCCAUCUUCAGUUAACUCUAUAAUUUCAUCUCUCGUUGUGGCUUCAGCACCUCAAAGUCUCACUGAUGCUGUUACGCAGCUUACUGUCAAUGGGAAAUCAAUGCAAGCUCUAGUGGAUACCGGAAGCAGUGAGAGCUACAUCUCUUCCUCAGUUGUUCGUAAGUAUAACUGGAAAGUCCAUAAGUCUCGAAAUAGAAUCACAAUGGCAAGUACGAAUCUUACUAGUCAUACUGAAGGACAUUGUUUUCUAUCCAUCUGCUAUAAAAACCAUACUUAUGAUCUAUUCAAAUUUUCCAUUCUUCAUAAUUUAUGUGCAGACGUCCUUCUUGGACAUGAUUUUUUAAAACUUCACAAACACAUUGAGAUUCCUUUUGGGGGAUCAAGGCCACCUUUUUCUCUCUGUGGUCUACCUUGUGUUCGCGUCGACCUGCCUACUCUGUUUGAAAAUCUUUCAAAAGACUGUAAACCGAUCGCGAUAAAAUCCCGGCGUUAUUCUUGUGAAGAUGAAAGUUUUAUUUCCACCGAAGUCAACCGGUUACUGCAAGAAGGUGUUAUUGAACCUUCUAAUUCUCCUUGGCGAGCUCAAGUUCUUGUUACGUCAAACGAACGCCAUAAAAAGAGGAUGGUAGUUGAUUAUAGUCAGACAAUCAAUCGAUUCACUUUUCUGGAUGCUUACCCAUUACCUAGGAUUGACGAAAUGAUAGAAAAAAUCGCACAAUAUGACAUAUUCAGCACUCUUGAUCUGAAGAAUGCUUAUCAUCAAAUUGCCCUAAAGAACGAAGAUAAACCAUAUACUGCUUUCGAGGCUUGUGGGAAACUUUACCAAUUUUGCCGAAUUCCUUUUGGUGUUACCAAUGGCGUAGCUUGUUUUCAACGCAUUAUCGAUGAAUUGAUCAGUAAAGAACAACUCACAAGCACGUUUGCCUACAUUGACAAUGUCACUACCUGCGGCAAAACUCGGGAGGAACACGACAAAAAUCUAAACAAGUUUAUGGUAGCAGCACGCAAUUAUGGAAUAACCCUUAAUGAUUCCAAAAGUGUGAUCUCAAGCAGAAGCAUACAAUUACUCGGUUAUGAAGUUUCAAAGGGGUUAUUAAACCAGAUCCCGAUCGGCUAAAACCUCUUCGUGAUCUAGAACCACCCACAGAUAUCAAAUCUCAACAACGAGCCGUUGGAUUAUUUGCUUAUUAUUCACAGUGGAUCCCUCGCUUCUCAGAUAAAAUCCACCCAUUAGUAAAUAAUCGGAUUUUCCCUCUUGAUGUCGAAACUCGAAAUGCUUUUGACAAACUGAAAGACGACUUAGAACGUGCAGUCGUUGUAGUAGUUGAUCCGAAAGCACCCCUUGUUGUUGAAACUGAU